AUGGCCCCCAGCCCACAGCCCGGGGCAGAGGGGUCCCCAGGGGGCUGCCCUUACCCCUCAGAGCCCGGCUGGGCCCGCGGCUCUGGGCGGGACUCGUGGGGAGGGGCGCUGGUGGAGGGGCUCCGGGUCUGCACCGUCCACAUCGCUGAGCCCCCAGGGGCUGAAGUGCUGGGGUGCCCUCUCUAUCCCCCCUCACUCGGCGAGGCGGCAGCCACGCGCCCAGGUCCAGAGAGAGAGCGCCAGGCUGGCUGGCGACCCUCUGAGGGCGGCCUGAACAGACUGCUGGAGCCGGCAUCCUUGACGGUGGACCUCGCUUCUUUGGCCGCCAUCGCCCGUCAGGGACCCCCACUCCCCUCCACACCCACUCUGGUGGUGACCGCUCCCACCACCUGCUCUGCGCGCCAGCCUGCGCCUCGGUGCCGUCUCCAGGAGGGACCACGUCAGCCUAAUGCCCCCGAGGGCCCCCAGUGCAGGCCCCCACCCUGGGCAGCAGCGGCCCGCUGCCCGCACCGGAGGUCAUCCUGGCCCGCCAGCUGGACCCGCGGACACCUGCCCUGGGAUGGAGAGCCGCCAUCCCCUGCCAGCUGGACACGGAGCUGCGAGGUAGUGGCUGCGGGUGCAGCCAGCCCCCGCGGGGACACACCCAGACUGGCCUCUGCCCAGGGUGGGCCUGGGCCCCCGGGGGCCAGAGCAGAGGCCACGGCCUGGCCUCCGCACGGACCCGUGAGGACGGCCCACAGCCUCUCCACCCCGCUGCCUGCCCCCUUCCCAGAACUCCUCCUCUCCCGGCCGAGGUGCCGGCCCGGGGUUCGCCGCUGAUGUCCGUCUCCAGCUCGGCCCCCAGAGAGGGCUGUGCCCCGCCCCCCCGGUCUGGUCCUGAAACCCCCGAUGAAGGUCUUGGUUACUCGCAGGCCUGCGGUGGUUGCCGGGGA